AUGAGUAUAACUGCAGAAAAUAUACCGCUAGUAAAUUCUUGGACAGAAUGGGGACAACUCGAACAUGUCAUGGUUGGUAGUGCAGAGAACAUGUGUUAUCCUGACGAAGAAUGGAUUCCAUUGAACCGUCCUCGUAGUGACGACAUGAAGUCCUAUGUGAAACUAUACACUGGAAUUCGGCCACAGGCUAGAAUUUUAAAAGCGCAGGAGCAGUUACAACAAUUAACCGACAUAUUGGAGGGCGAACAGAUAAAAGUGGCUACAAUCAACGAAGUAGAAAAGGAUAUUAAUCUUUUAAUUGAGCGCAAACGUAGUUAUCCCAUCGUUACAAAAUUGAACGACACUAACGAUAACGAAGAAAAUUAUAAACAGAUCAAAAUAUUACAAAAAGCCAAAAUAAAAACAUGUCGUCCUCCGAAAACUAUUGAAGAACCAAAGUUUGAUCAUUAUAUCAAAACUCCGUGGUUCCAUAAUUCAUAUCAAUAUGGUCUCUCUUGCCCACGUGAUAUGCUGAUUACACUGGGCAACACAAUCCUAGAAGCACCAACAGCUGCACGUUGUCGUUACUUUGAAUCGAAAUAUUACCGCUCUGUUAUCAAUGAUCUAUGGCUUAAUGACACGCGCGUGCAAUGGAAACAGGCACCAAAACCAACAUGCUCAUCGACAAUGUUUGACAGCGACACCGAAGAUAAGCCACUCUCUGCUGUGAACACUUCCUAUUUUCCCUUAAGUGGAUAUAAAACACCAUUGAAUGAGAGUGAAAUUGCUUUCGAUGCUGCUGACAUGAUGCGUAUGGGUAAAGAUAUUUUCUACAAAAGAGGCAUGUCGGCCAAUAACAAAGGUUUAGAAUGGUUGAGACGCGAAUUUCCUCACUUUCGUUUUCAUAUGGUACAUUUUCCACAAAUGAAUCAUAUUCACUUAGACGUUUCACUUGUUCCACUGCGUCCGCCAACAGCUGGAUCACACGGUCUGAUUUUAAUCAAUCAAAAUUUUCCUCCAUUGAAAAGUGAAUUGAAAAUAUUCCUGGAUAAUGAUUGGAAACCAAUUUGGGCACCGAAAGCCGUAACAAGUCUUGUGACUCCAGUAGCAAUGUGUUCUUCAAAUCUCAAUAUGAAUCUCUUAUCCUUAAAUGAAAACUGUGUCAUAAUUGAAGAAUGUGAAUUACCAUUGUACAAAUUGUUAGAAGAUGAACUUGGUUUCGAUGUUAUCACAUGCCCAUUGCGAAUACUAAAUGAAUUCGGUGGUGGAAUUCAUUGUGGUAAGCGAAAAAUGAGUGUAUAUUCGAAACGAGAUUUCUCGGCUUUUGAGACAAGUUUUCUUUAG